GGCUUCCCUGGCCCAGGGUAACCCAGCCCUAGGGUUAGGACUGGCCUAGGGAAUCGACCCUAGACCACUUCUAAUAACCCUAGAGCCGACACCACAAUGUGCAAACGUGAGGUGACGCCGUGGCUCCAAUUUUAGUGCAUGCGAAGCCUGCUGUCGAGUCUUUCUGGUGGGAAAGUGUCCCGGGUGGCUGACUGGGAAGACCGAGGCAGACGAGACAGUGCCGAGCGCAAAGCAGGUAGCCGUAGAAGACAUGUAUUCGAGCGCUAUCAUAUUUACAUGUACGCUAGGAGCGCCCUCAUGGGAAUGAGCGCUCGUGUCGAUCGAAUGAGGCGGGGGUGAGGUGUAUACGUGUCCGCUGGGGGCGUCGUGUUGGUUCAGGAUCUGAGGGCUGGGUCAGAUUGCAUGGUGGGCACUCACCUGUUG